AGCAGAAGUUGUUAUGUUGUUUUUAUUUAUCUAGCGUUGCUAUGGAGUGACAUCACUAGUGAGGUCAUCAGACAAAGAUUAAGUGAUAGAAUUAUUCGAACAAAACAAGGUCGGAUACGAGGAGUGGAGGUUAGAUUCAUUACCCCUGACGAUUUGGAACUUAAAAAUGUGACAGCUUAUCUUGGAUUACGAUACGGUGAUGUUCAGGGGGGACAACUACGAUUCAACCCAUGUUCUAAUCCAUCAGAAAGAUGGCCGUUUGUAAAAUCAAUGGUGGACUAUCAUGCUGUCUGUCCACAGCGUAUCCCAGAAGUCACGUCUGAUACGACAUUGUCGUCAAGGUUUAUGAAGAGCAUUAUUCCCUUUCUACAUAAACAAAUUGAAGAUUGCCUGACUUUAAAUAUCUACGUUCCUCACCAAGGUUCUAAGGGUCUAACAGCACCAUUUCCAGUGAUGGUUUUCGUCCACGGAGAAUCGUACGAUACAGGGACAGGGAAUGCUUAUGACGGAAGUGUUCUGGCUAGUUACGGGAAGGUCAUUGUCGUGACCUUGAACUACAGGGUAGGAGUUCUGGGUUUUCUAUCCACUGGUGACGGGGCAGCGAUGGGUAACUAUGCACAACUAGACAUCAUCCAAGCUCUUCAUUGGUUGAAGGAGAAUAUAGUCAGUUUUAAUGGUGAUCCCAGUCGCGUGACCUUAUUUGGUCAUGGUCAUGGAGCGGCCAUUGUUAAUCUGAUUUUAUUGUCACCUUUUGUACAGGGGCAUGGACCCUUGUUCCAGCGAGCGAUCAUUCAGAGUGGGUCAGCUCUCAGUACCUGGGCGGUGUCAUAUGAUCCUGUUUGGUGUACCCACAAACUUGCCAUCAACGUCAACUGUUCCCGACACAUCUCAAACUCUGGUGCAUUGUUAAAGUGUUUACGUGAACGUUCAUGGAAAGAAUUAGUGAACGCUGUGCCGUUACCUCCGAAAUAUUAUUCCUGUUUCGCUCCCUCGAUUGACGGGUGGACUGUUUUACCGAAAAAGGUUGAAGAGCUGAUGAAAAAGAAACAAUCAAAGUUCGCUGAAGCCAAAGUUAUGUUUGGGAUCACUAAAAACGAGGCGUAUUCAUACUUAAAACAACACGAAAUAAAAAAAGGUAUCUCAGAAUUUCGGAAAUCUCAAAUGAUUCGAACGUACGUUCAGAAUGUGUUUAAAUAUCACCGACAAAAAAUAUACGAGAUCUUGGAUCAUCAUUAUACAGAUUGGAACCGAAUGUCAGAUAAACUGAGUAAAAGAAACAAUAUUCUAGAGUUGCUAAGCGAUGGACAAUAUGUGGCACCGUUAAUUAAGGCAGCACAAUAUCAUGCGGAAACAGCAGACACGUAUCUCUAUGCAUUUAGUUAUUCAACUCAAACAGAGGGAAGUUUAAAUGAAGAUGUUCAUGGUAUCCAUGGUGAUGAACUACCGUAUGUGUUUGGUGCACCUCUAGUCGGUGGUAUCUCACCGUUUCCUGAAACCUACACGAACGCUGAACGAAUGAUCAGCGAAGCCGUCAUGACGUACUGGACUAAUUUUGCUAAAACUGGGGACCCCAACUCACCGAGAAACCAAACCUCACUUCACGGAGGUCGAGUUAAAAAUAGAUUCGUCAAUAUUAACUGGCCGAAGUUUAACCUACAUGAUCAGCAGUAUCUGUUAAUAGCCCGUCGACCAACAGUACGUCAUCACUAUCGCGGCCAGAAGUUAGCCUUAUGGUUAGAUUUGAUACCAAAAAUAAACCAAGGUGACGGCUCGAACCCCAGUCAACACUUAUUAAAAAACUCAGAUAACAGAUCCAGUUUUGACGAUUAUCCUCGACUAGUUCCGUCUUUAGAUAAUGUCUUCCCUUCUCCCCCAGCCAUGCCCCCAAUUGCCCCCAUCCCCAGCAGUGUUCCAAAUACAGGCGUAUGGUCCACGCCCUCAAUAUUCUUAGAAGAGACGUCAGAGAACCCGGAUCAACUUGACUCUACCCAUAUUGAAGAAACAGGAGGGAAUUAUGGUCCACUGUUGGAUCGAGCUGAUUCUGAAUUAUCUACAGUUUUAGUCGGACCUGUGAACAACGCUAAUAACGAAUCGAAAGAAACUUCCGUCCCUUUGAGUGUUGUCGUGGCGAUUGGCUGCUCACUUCUGUUUCUGAAUAUUUUAAUCUUCGCGGGUGUUUGUUAUCAAAGGGAGAGA